AUGAGUGACUCCAAACAAGUGAGGGCUCAGCAGAUUGACUCUCUGGGGUUUCUGGGCAAAGGCCACAUCCCCGUGAUGCUGCACCUGUUCUUCCUAAUUCUUUUCACUGGACUUCUGGUGGCCAUCAUCACCCAAAUUUCCAAGUUCUCCAGCUUAGAGGAACUGGAGCAGGAACAGAGAAAGCAGGAGAAAAUAUACCAGGACGUGAACCAGCUGAAAUCUGGAGUUGACAGUCUGUGCUGCCCCUGCCCCUGGGACUGGACAUUCUUCCAUGGAAACUGUUACUUUUUCUCCAAGUCCCAACGGAACUGGCAUGACUCCAUCACUGCCUGCCAGGAAGUGGGGGCCCAACUAGUGGUCAUUAAAAGUCAUGAGGAGCAGAGCUUCCUGCAGUGGAAUGCUAAGAAAUAUGGCUACACCUGGAUGGGGCUGUCAGACCUGAACAAAGAAGGCACAUGGAUUUGGGUGGAUGGCUCACCUCUGUCCAACAGCCUCAAGAAAUAUUGGAACCAAGGACAGCCCAACAACAAUGGGGGACAAGACUGUGUGGAAUUCAGAAAGAGUGGUUGGAAUGAUGCAAGUUGUGACAACACAAAAUUCUGGAUCUGCAAAAGUUCUGCAACUCCCUGCUCCAGAAAGUGA